CGCAACAGCAGCCCGUCACAUGAUUCUUUUCUUGUGACAAUCCAGACAGAAAGGAAAAGCCUUUCGUGACUUCGAGCUGAGUUUUUUUUUCAAGGCUACGAUGGUGCAUGGCGGCUGUUUUGGCACAGAAGGACCAACUUCAAGCCGGGAAACGGACUUAAGUUAUCCGUCAACAAAUUAACGGCGAUCAUUCCUGCUGUAACGGAGGGCAUUCGGCGAGGAUUCAGGGUUGUUGCGUCGCUUGGCAGAAAGUUGGCGCAUGGAGAGGGGGACGAAGUUUCAUUUUUGCGCAGGGUAUUUUCUUUGUUUUUUCCCCCCGCUACAGAGCCUCAGCCAGCACCGCGCACCGUUUCGGCUGACAGAAGCCAAGUAGUCAAAACAAAUAAAUACAUAUAUUUGUUUUAAACUCCUGUUUUGUUCACUUGCGGGGCAAAUAUACGAGUUAAGGACACGCUUGUUCGGGUGAGAUGGUGGACAGCAAACCUCUCCUCCAGGACAGACCUCCCGCCUACCACGCCGUUCCGGGGGCGCAUGAGUACGGGCCGCCGCCGCAGCAGCAGCCGCAGCCGCAGCAUGGGUACGGAGCCAUCCCCGCUGCGGCCCCGCCGCCCUACCACUACCCGGAUGGCCCAGGAUACCCGGCGGCUCAGAUGGGCCCUGCCGUUUCCCAGCAGCCCUACACGUCGACUUACGCCAUCAUCCAGCCCUCCGUAGUGGUGGUGGGAGGCUGCCCGGCUUGCAGAGUGGGUGUCCUUGAGGACGACUUCACCUGCCUGGGGAUCCUGUGUGCCAUCUUCUUCUUCCCGCUGGGCAUCCUCUUCUGCUUCGCUCUGCGUCAGAGGAGGUGUCCCAACUGUGGCGCCACCUUCGGCUAGAGGGACCAAACCGCAGCUCUUUCACGCACUUCUCUCAUUCACAUGCAUAGGCAAUAACAAAUGAUAAAGAUUACAAAACCACGAAUUACACUCUACAAAAAUCUAUUUUUCAUCUACAAGUUUAGGAUGUAUGUUAUCAGACGAUGUGUCAGUGCCUUCGCUUCGAGCUGAGUGAUCAGAUGCCAUCAGUUUUAUUUUCCUCUAGAUGUUUUCAGGGGAUCUGAGCAGAUUCUUUACUUUUUAGAGUCAGAGGCCAAUGAAUCCUUUUUUUUUUGUCUUAAUUCAUUUUUUCUUUAUAUUUGCUUGCAGCCGCCACCUUUUACUUAAUGUACUCAGCUUUUUUGUUUCAUAUGUUUCUGUUUGGCUCAGUGUGUUCCACGUAGGCAUUGAAAUAAGGCUGUGAGUUGAAGAAGGAAGGAAAGAAAAAAGGAUUAUCUAUGGACAUCACCGGCUCUGGCUCAAACAGUGGACUUAUGCUGACAAAGCUUUUUGCCAUUUUUUUUUUUUUCUUUUUUGAAGAUAAUUUCUUGGGGCCAUAUUUUGCACUGACAGUUUGUCCAAUGAUGAUGAUUCUGCUGGGUUGUGCUUCUCCAGGGCCAAUGCAGACCUCAGGUACACACAAUCUGACAUGCCCUCGACUUUUACGACCUCUUUUGAGUUUGGAUUCACUUUUGAGAGGACUGUUUUUUUUUUUUUUUUUCGUCAAACGCGCAGCCUCCUCUUUUAACCCCGUGGAGGACUGAGUAAAUGUUGAAAUAUCUUACAGCCUCAGAUUUUCCCCUCCAUGUUUCCCUCUGCGACAAAUCAACUUCCUCCCAGCCAGACAAUCAAGCGAGAAUGUCUCUGUCCCUGUCUGUCUUCCUCAACUGCGGGAUCCUGAAAAUUGAUUCAUGGCAGAAUGAAAAAAAAAAAAAAAGAAAUUGAGUUGUUGGGAGUUAAAGAGAAUUGGCGUUAGAAAACACACUAAUGGCGCUCUUAUGAUUGAGGUUCUUACUUUUUAUAUGAGUUACUGUAAUUAAAAGGUAGUGCUACUCA